AUGACCCAGCCUGGUACACCUCCCGUCCCCGAGGAGCCUCCCAAUGCAAUACUGACCGACUCCGGCCCGACAACCGCUCGCGACACCCGAAAUGACGACCGAGAAGCAUUAGAGCUCCAUUCGAUCCAAACCCGAGAAGACAAUGAGCUGGAUUACUCGACCCCAUCGGCUUCGUCUGGCGACGAGCAUCACAUGCCCACACGUCGGACACCGUCUCGAGCCGAUUCUCGGCGCUCCCGCAAAGUCCGCAACGGCGUUUGGGGCCGGGUUUGUCGGUUCUGGAAUCAACAUGUUAUUUUGACCGUGCCGCAGAAGAGCAAUCGGGAUUACUUUGCCCUAGAAAGAACGUUCCUUGCGUACAUCCGCACGUCCACCGUUAUCGCUAUGCAAGGGGUGCUCGUUGCACAACUUUUCCGUCUACAACGGCCCUUGGAAAAAGUCGAUCGCCUGUCGUUCCACGAAGUUGGUAUCCCGCUUUCGGUUGCCUGUCACGGUGUGGCUGUUAUCGUCGCCUUGGUAGGUGCGAUCCGAUUCUGGAGACAACAAAAUGCUAUCGCUCGUGGGAAAGUGUAUGCUGGGGGAUGGGAAUUAAACUCAGUGGGCAUUUUAAUAUUUGCAGUUAUUAUGGCGACCUUGGUGCUUACUGUUAUCAUCUUGAUCCAAAUCGAUUUGAGCUCUAGUGCGCUUCCUAAUCGAAUAUUAUGGUCGUGA